ACGAGCCUUUUUCGUUAAAAACGCCACAAAGUGAAGCCACAACCACCCAGAGUAUAAGCAAAAAAAAAAAACAAAAAAAAGGAAAAGCAAAAGCAAAACAAUCAAAACAACAACAGCAGCAGAAAAUCGCAAAUGUGUGCUUCGUUCGUCGUUAAUUGAUGUAAUAAAAAAUGUCAUAAAAAAUCACAUAUUUCGCAAAUGAGUUUAGGAAUUAUGGUGUAAAGUGAAUUGCUAAUAAACGCAAAUUACAGCCAAUAUACGGCAAAAAGAAGCGGACUCUGGUAAAGAGUAUUCGAUUUGUUCUUGCCAUCUAAUGGGAAGAAAAAGAAAUUAAUUAAGAUCUCCUUUUGUGCAAAUGAAACAUAAUGGAAUGUAGUGCGCCGGCCGCCUAGGUGUAACUCCAAAUCUGCCGCUAAGCCAAUAUUUAACGCAAACACUCCCAUUCCCUAGUAUAUUGUUUUCCCCCCAAAACUCUGGAAGCCUGUCCUGUAGCAAAAUAUAAUUCCUUGAAAGGCCAUUAUGGCGUUAUUAAGAUUUUGAGAGUGUUGCCCUUAUCUAAUUAGUGUCAAGUUCGUGGUGAUGUUACCUCACCAAGUGUCCCUAGUAAAGCAUCAAAUGUACAGGCUAAGGACAUGCCAGGCAUACCAAUGAAACAAUUUUGAUGCAAACUCAACACCAACACCAACAACGUAAAAACCAAAAAUCUGCAAAUCAAAUGAACUUUCAUACCAGCGAAAUGGUAACGUUUUGGCGCACCUAAAACAACCCACACUCACACUAUCCAUCGGCCUGACUCACACUUUAGUGCUACCUCGGAAUAAAUAUCCUGGAAACACCCCCACCCCUCUGCCAUCCCCUAAUCCAGAUCCCUCCUCAGGCCAAAUAAGUGUUAUGUUAUAAAAAUCCAUAAGAAACGUGCAUACUAAGCAAAAAUAAAACCCGAAAAAAGCGUAAACGUAAAACAAAAGUGAAGCGCGAUUAAGAAUACCAGGGCAAGACGAGAGCCCACAAAGAAAAAAAAAAGAAAAACCAAAAACGAAAAGCAAAAGAAUGAGGGAAAUGCGAAAAAAUAAAGCAAACAAAAAAUGUUAAAUAAAAUUUUUAUAUUUUUAUCAUAACGUGCAUUGGAUUAGUAAUCAUCUUUUUAUACGCAAGUAAAAAUAUUCUCCCAUACAUUCUCACACCGAACCGCACUCGAAACCGACUCGCUUGGCAUCAUCGCUCUUAAGAAGGCACGCACAAAAGUCAUACAUCUGCACUUGGCACAGAGUCAUGCGUGUGUGUGAGUGUGUGUGUGUGUGUGUGUGCAUGGGUACGAGUGAUACCGUCUGAGUGUGUAUAAAAUAAAAAAUCAACAACAACAACUUAUUUAACCAUAAACGAAGGCGAAGUACACGUUUUUGCUUCGCAUAAACUUUGAUAGCUGGCGCUCUGUUGCUGCAUCGUUGGUUGCUUCCAUACAGACGCUGCCAUAUACCAAUACCGCCAACAACUCCCCCCACAAGCAUCAAAAGGUACGAAUGGUGAAAGCUCCAACUAUGACGUACUUUCAUUGUGAAAAUUGAGUGAUCACCAAGCAGUUGACCUUAUCAGUUUCCAUUAGUGUUCGCUCUUCAAGACAUUGUGAUUAAAAAUCAAUACAAAACAUUUUGAGAAUUCAAUUCACUGCCAUAGAAAUUUCACAACAGUAACAAUGAUCGGCAGAAGAAAACAGUUUUACGAGCGGUUUAAUUGGCUAGUAGGACUAUGGAUAAUUAUAGCAGACAUUGGUUCACAUGUUGAUUGUCUGAAGGAUCUGAAAAUAUUUGUGCCAGAUGCUGUUAUUAUGGGCAAUGCAGCAACACUGUCGUGUCAAUAUGACCUGGAACAGGCGGCCUUGUACUCGGUGCGUUGGUAUUUCGGAAACGAGGAAUUCUAUCGCUACGUGCCAAAAGAGUCACCACCCACAUUGGUCUUUCCGGUGUCUGGCAUCAAUGUUGAUCUCUUUAACUCGGAUGCAACAUCGGUCACCUUGAAAGGUGUAACACGCGAACUAACCGGCAGUUACCAGUGCGAGGUUUCUGAAGAUGCUCCGCUGUUUCACACGGACAUUCGUUCCGCACAUAUGCAAGUAAUUGAACUGCCAAAAGAUGAUCCCACCAUGCAGGUUGAAAAGAAAAUUAUAACAGCGAAUGACUAUUUCAAGGCAGUGUGCACGAUUGGACCCUCUUAUCCAGCAGCGAAUAUAACGUGGUACAUAAAUGGAAGAAAAGUUUAUAAAACACCCUUCCAGCGAAUUACCCAAAAUACUAACGAAGGUUCCGGCACCGUCUCAUCGCUAGACAUUUAUCCUCAUAGUCAGGUGCUGCAGGGCUUCUUUCAGGCCAUUCCAAAAUACCAGACGAGCAUUCUGUUGCUGUGUGAGGUGUCCAUACUACAUGUGUUCCACAAGAAUGUGCAACAGCGCAUUCUACUCAGCAUAGGACCGCCAACGACUAUAUCGCCAAAUCUGUUGGGUCUUGAGGGCUCCAAGCGCAUGAAUGGCGAUCCCGACAAUUCGGCGUUAACCGGUGGUGGGCCCAGACUGACUACCACCCCCAGUCUGACGCUUAUGUUGGUCAUGGGUUUCUGUGUGAGUAGCCUGUUGCGGAGGAUACAGCGAUAUUGUGGUCGCAGCGGAUUGUCGAUGGUGUUGUCAACACAUCAUAGCCAGUCACAUCAACUGUGACCAAAUGGCUGUUGUUUAUAAAUGCUAAAAUCAAAUAAGUAAACAAACAAACAAAUAAAUAAAUAAAUAACAAAAAUUUAUACAAUUUUUCUGUUAAAACAACCAAAGAACACAUUCAUACAUACAAACAUAAGUACUAUAUAUAGUAAAUAAAACGAGAAGAAAUAAGAAGAAGAGUAAAAAAGCAUUUAAUAAUUAUAAUAAAAUUAUUGGUGAAGAACAGCAACAACAUUACCAUAAGUAAAUAAUGAAAUUAUAUGGAAACAAAAGCCCAGCAACAAACAAAAUAACAGACCAUAGAUAAUAGGUUCUAUAUGUUAUAAUAAUUGCAUAAAAACGACGACGAUGACGACGACGACGACAGCCAACAACAAUAUGCAAAACAUUAUUCAAUUCUGAUGCGUUCCCCGAACAACAAAUCGAAUAGAAUGGCACCAAAGGCAACAGCAGCAGCGGCAACAGCAGAGAAGAAAAAACAACAAAAUGCAAACCAUUGAACAGGUGUGUGAGCGAAGGUGGCACCGGGGGUCACCAAACAAUUGCGCGAUAAAGUUUUUUAUUUGUGUUUAAUAAAUAAAAUGGACAACAAGUCACACACACACACACACACACUUCCAACCUCAUGCUGCCACAACCACACAUAAACGAUGUGUUUAUUAUUAUUAUUUUAUUAAAAUGUUGAAAUUGUUUAAUAAAAUUUUAUACUGUAGAGAACAACAAAAACACUGACAAACAAAGGCAAAUAAAAUUAUGAUAAUUUUAGCAUAUGAAUAUUGAUUUAACAAAAAAAAAACCAAAAACAACAACAAAAACAUACAACGGCAGCAUCCAAGUAAAUAAUUGAAAACAAACACAUACCCAUUUAUUUUUGUUUUGUUGUUUUUCUUUUUAUGUUAAACUAUGACAUGAAAGUUAAAUUUCACAAAAACCUUUGAAACAAUUUGGCAGAGUCUGUUAAAUUUGAUGCAAAAUUGAAUGUUUGGCUACUAUUUCACAUUUGAAAGAGUUAUUGAGUUAAUUUCAGAGUUCCGUUUUUGCAGAACUUAUAUAAAUCUAGGGUUAUUCCAUGCGGUAUAGGGUUGGAGCAAACUUAGUGCACAAAUUUUCCCCCCAUAAACCCAGGGAAAAGUUUACUGCAAGUUGUAAAAUAUGCAAGAGCCCAGAUUUUCUGUUCAAUUGUAUGGCUGCGUAUAGAAGCAGUUGGAUUUUUACACAUAUUUCGGCUUUAAGGAUUUUAUCAGCCCCUUUGUAAGUGCCUUGACAUAUUUCAUACCUCCACCAUGGCGGAUGGGGUGAUAUGCAAUCUCUUCUUUUGAACCACAUCGAUUAGAAAUUAGAAUAUAUGCAACUCCGUUGCACUUUCUUUCACUCUGUAAUACCUUUUAUUAGUUCCCGAUAUUGACAUGGUCAGUAAAUAAGUCCGGUUUGGUGGUGUUUUGGACGUAGUAUGUCCCCACGCAUUUUGCCCCGAGUGUGGAUAUUAAACUCGUGUUCUACUCCCAAAUAUAUCUAAUUUGAGCCCCAAAUUGCCAUGGUAAGAAAAUAUUUCCGGUUAGGGGGUGUUUUGUGGGUGGCCACCAACAUACUUGGUCCUGGAAGUAGAAAGUAUUAAAUUGGCCUUCAAAUGUAAAAUAUCUAUUAUUUGAAUCUUAUAUUACAGUGAAGAGACCAAUUUGGGGUUGUUUUAGCGAUGGACCAGAUCCCCAGACAUUUGGUCUUGAAAGUGGAUAUAAAUUUCAUGCUGUUCUCCCAAACCUCUUAUUUGAGCUCCAUAUGUCCAUGUUGGUAAAUAUGAUCGAUUUGGGGAUGGAGCGUUCUAUCAAAUACUUGGCCCCACAUUUGGAUAUUAGAUUCGUUUUCUACACUCUACAAAUGCCUACCAUGGGAUCCCAUAUUGUCAAGAUUUUCACGUCUUUGGUCUGCAUAUGUGCUUGGCGGUCUUUGGGGACCCUUAGGCACCCCACCCCAAAAUUUGGAGAUAUUUUCUUUAUGUUACUAUAAGAGGCCACCGUAUCGCACAGGUUAGCAUGUCCGCCUAUGACGCUGAACGCCCGGGUUCGAAUCAUGGCGAGACUAUCAGAAACAACAUUUUUCAGCUGUGGUUUUCCCCUUCUAAUGCUGGCAACAAUUGUGAGGUACUAUGCCAUGUAAAAACUUCUCUCCAAAGAGGUGUUACACUGCGGCACGCCGUUCGGACUCGGCUAUAAAAGGGAGGCCCUUAUCAUUGAGGUUAAACUUGAAUCGGACUGCACUCUUUGAUAUGUGAGAAAUUAGCCCCUGUUAAUGGGCAAAAAUUUGCAUUGUUUUUACUACAAGAGUGUGGUCCCCCAAUAGCCGAGUAUUUUCAAAUAUCGACAGCUCCUUCAUAUGUUAACUCAAAUUCAAAGGCAAAAAUUGUUCUUUACUACCAAAAACCUUUCAUUAGUGCCCUAUUCUGUCACAAACGGCUCUCACUUUUGUAUACUCACCAACGAAUGAUUCAGUUUGUCAUUCCGUUUGCAACACAUCGACGAUCUAGCCAUGUCCUCCAAAAAUAGAGAUAUUGAGAUGAAACCUGCACAGAUCCCCUUUUAUCCAUAAGCCCUAGAGUUCGAUCCCUCGAUUUAUGGUCUUAGGCCCAUAAAAGCCACAUUUAUUAUCCGAUUUUGAAGAAAUUUGGGACAGUGAGUUGUGCUAAGCAUUUCGGUAUCCUUCUUCAAUUUGGCCGAGAUCGGUUCAGAUUUGGAUAUAGGUGCCAUAUACACCGAUCUCUGGAUUUAAGGUCUCUAUUUAAGGUGUUUUUUUUUUUUGUUUUAUUGUUCGAUCUUGAGACAGUGAGUUGUGUUACGCUCUUCGACAACUUUCUGCAAUUUGGCCUAAAUCGGUAGAGAUUUGGAUAUAGAUGUCAUAUAAACCGACCUUAGGUCUUGACUUCUUGAGCCUCUAGAGGGUGCAAUUCUUAUCCGAUAUAACUGAAAUUUGGCAUGUCGUGUUUUGGUAUGAAUUCCAACAAGUGUGCGAAGUGCAAGUGGAAAUCGGUCCAUAACCGGAUAUAGCUGCCAUAUAAACCGAUCUGGGAUCUUGACUUCUUGAGCUUCUAGAGGCUGCAAUUCUUAUCCGAUUUGGCUGACAUAUUGCAUGACGUGUUUUGUUAUGAUUUCCAACAACUGUAUUAAGAAUGGUUCAAAUCGGUCCAUAACCUGAUAUAGCUGCCAUAUAAACCGAUCUGGGGUCUUGACUUCUUGAGCCACUAGAGGACGCAGUUAUUAUCCGAUUUGCCUGAAAUUUUGCAAGAGGUGUUUUGUUAUGACUUUUAACAACUGUGCUAAGAAUUGUUCCAAUCGGUCCAUAACCUGAUAUAGUGUCCAUAUAAACCUAUAUGGGAUCUUGACUUCUUGAGCCUCUAAUAGGAGCAAGUAUUAUCCGAUUUGGCUGAAAUUUUAUACAACACCUUCUCUCAUGACCUUUAACAUAUGUGUUGAUAUGGUCUGAAUCGGUUUUUAGCCCAAUAUAGCUCCCCUAAAAACCGAUCUUCCCAUUUUAUUUCUUCAGCCCCUAAAGUUCGCAAUUCUUACCAGAUUUGGGUGAAGUUUUACACCAUGACUUCUACUACGGUCUCCAAUAUUCAGUUUAAUUAUUGUCCGAAAUGAACAAUGACAUGAUAUUGCUCCAAUAACAUUGCAAUUCUUUUCUGUUAUCCUUUGUUUGCCUAAAAAGAGAUACCGUGGCAAGAGCUCGACAAAUGCGAUCCAUGGUGGAGGGUACAUAAGAUUCGGCCCGGCCGAACUUAGCACGCCUUUACUUGUUUUUUUUUUUUUUGGUACUGCUUUUAAAAUGCUAAAAGGCACCUUAUCAGCAUUCUCUCAAAACUGACCUAGAACCUUGCACCAAAGAAUCAUAGAUGGUUCAAGUGCUCUAAACGUUUUGCUAAUAAUUUUGCUGGGUAUCAAAAGGCAUGAAAGUCAUACUUGCUCAGGUUAUAUGAGUUUGUUAUAGUUCAAUUUGUUUUUAUACAUUUUAUAUGUACAUGUUUAUGUUUUCAUCGAACAUAACUUGAUAAAGCGAAAAAUAGUGUAAAUGUAAAAAAAGCUGCAAAACAAAUGAAGAGUGAAAAUAUGGAAACAAAUUAAGCAGACAAAUUUCAAAAAGUAAUUAUAAAAAUAAUUGCAUUUAAGUAAAUACAUGUAAGCUAGCAUACCGGAAAAAAGACAAAAAAAAACACACACACACAUACGCAGUAACACAGCCCUUAGAAUAAACAACCGGACAGACACUAAUAACCAUAAUUAUGACAGUUUAAGUAUAGAAUUGAAAAACUUAAUUAAUUCGUAAGCAAGCCCUGUAUAUAGAUAGAAUUAUGUAAAAAAGCAAACAACUAGAAAAAAACAUAAAAUUAUGACAUCAAUUAAAUGAAUUAUUUAAUAAAUACACACACAAACACACAGCGUUCCCAACCCUCACAAAUAGCGCCAUACAUACUAAAGCCACACAAACUAUUACCCAUAAAGUGCAGCUGCAGUAAAUCAAUGUCAAAUUGUUUGCGAAAGUUUAAAGCACAAAGACUUGUAGAAAAAAUUCUGCUCAAGUCAGUUGUAUACAUUUGGGAGCAAUCAUUAAAGGAUGACAAAAUAAAAUUCAUCUUUUUUUCAAUUGAUUUGCCUGUUACGACGAACAUCAUUCUUAUAAUGAUGUGUUCAUGCCUGUUUUGAGAUGAGUCUAAAGAUCGAAAAUUCGUGAUGCAAUACAAAAAUAACAGCCAUAGGAGAUACACCAUGCCUUAAAGCUUUUAAACCUCUUGAAAUAUUACAAAGCAGGCAUAAGUGUUGUAUUUUAAUACUCUUUACCAUACCAAUGUCGGCGGAUAGCUCACACAGCUUAAGGUUCAUACGAUACAGAUUGUCUACUGUCUGAAACUUCGGAGAGUUUGUGUUCUAUUUAAAUUGAAGAACAAGUGUCAGUUCGGAUCAUUAUAUAAAAUUUAAGUGGUUCUGCUAGUUUACGAGGCUUGUACAUGAAAGAAAAAAAAUGUAUCGUUGACUGAUAGAAAAAUUUUGUUGAAAAAUAUGGCACCAAAGCCACACAGACAUUUGGGCUAACAUUGACUGCAGCAUUCGUCAUGGGUUUUGUGAACAAGCGUUGUCAAGUUCGUGUACCGAACAUUAUCAACUUUAUCAUCAUGCUUAUAAGAAAUUUGACUCGUCUAGUAUUUCAUUCCGGAAUCUAGUCAGCAACACCACAACUUUUUGCUAUAUUUUAAAGUAUGCACUGGAUGUUAAUUGAUUGUUAACGCCCGGUGACAGUUUCGAUCGUUCUGUUAACAGUGUUAUUGAUUAAUGAACAUUUGUUGUUGAUCUAAUAACACAGAUAUGUAUGCACACGAUAGAAUUUAAUGCACAAUGGAAAGAAACUUAUUUUUCUACAGUUGCCACAUAUUGUUGUCUACCUUCUCGUGCACUCACUCAAUAAGCUAAGGUUAUAAUCUUCGGAUCUAUCUAACAAGACUGUACAAACUUUAAUCUGUUGUUUCAUUCUCUGGUACAGUUUUCAACUUCAAAACCCUCAGACUGACUUAUAUAUAUUCAGGUCUUUGUGAUUCCUUCUUCUUUGGAGAGUUGAAGCAGGAAAUGUAUCAGUGUUCUGGAGAGUAUGAAUAUCAUCAGAAGUAGUGAUAAAUUCAAAUAGCUUGUUCAGCUGAUGAGAUAUACACUACGAGGUCUGAUCAAAAAAUAACUUUCAUUUUUAAGUUUCGUGAGAUAUGAAUGUAUUUUCGCAUUUUUUUUUUCUGUUUUGUUGCUACACAUAGAAUAACUGUUAUUUUUAUACCCUUCACCAUAGGUUGGGGGCAUACUAAUUUCCGCAUUCUGUUCGUAACUACUAGAAAUAUUCAUCUCAGACCCCCUAAAGUAUAUAAAGUAUCGUCAUGACGUUUUAUGUCGGUCUAGCCAUGUCUGUCCGUCUGUCUGUCGAAAGCACGGAAACUUUCGAAAUAGUAAAGAUAGCCGCUUGAAAUUUUGAACAAAUAAUUCUUAUUUGUGUAGGUCAGAUGAGAUUGUAAAUGGGCCAUAUCGGUCCAUGUCUUGUUAUAGCUGCCUUAUAAACCGAUAUUGGAUCUUGACUUCUUGAGCCUCUAGAGGGCGCAAUUCUUAUCCGAUUGGAAUUAAAUUUGACAUGAAGUAUUUCGAUAUGAUAUCCAACAACUGUGCCAAGUAUGGUUCAAAUUGGUUUAUUACCUGAUAUAGCCGUCAUAUUAACCGAUCUGGGGACUUAACUUCUUGAGCUUCUAGAGGGCUCAAUUCCUAUCCGAUUUGGUUGAAAUUUUGCAUGACGUAUUUUAUUAUGACUUUCAACAACUGUGCCAAAUAAGGUUUAAAUCGGUUCAUAACCUGAUAUUGCUGCCAUAUAAGCCGAUCUGGGAUCUUGACUUCUUGAGCCUCUAGAGGUCGCAAUUAUUAUCCGAUUUUACUGAAAUGUUGUACGACGGAUCCUCUCAAACCUUCUGUCCGUCUGUCUGUUGAAAUCACACUACGGUCUUUAAAAAAAGAAAUAUUAAGCUGAAACUUUGCACCGAUUCUUUUUUCGUCUAUAAGCACGUUAAGUUCGAAAAAAGACUAUAUCGGACUAUAUCUUG